AUGCCGAACGCCGACCUAGAAAUUAAAACCAUCAAUCCCGACCUAGAAGCAUCGCAGUUCAUUAUACAACCUCCGGCAGUACAGUCCGGCGAUGGUGAAAACGUAGCCACGGACGAGAGCCAAAGGGGCGAUGUAUCAUCGUCGGUAAGUUCGCAGAAAUCUACUUCGCUGCCAAGAAUUAAGAUAAUUGGUACAGGCGGCACCAUUGCGUCAAAGGGCUCUUCGUCCUCGCAGACUGCCGGCUACCAUGUGGACCUGACCAUCCAAGAGCUACUCGAGGCCAUUCCAGACAUCUCAAAUAUCUGCGAGAUAGAGUAUGAGCAGCUCUGCAACGUGGAUUCCAAAGACAUCAACGAGGAGAUUCUUCUAAAAUUGUACUCCUGUAUUUCCGAAUCUCUGCAGCGUUUCAACGGUAUUGUGAUUACUCAUGGGACGGAUACGAUGGCCGAGACCGCCUUUUUCAUUGAAAGUACGAUCGACUCUGGUAGUGUUCCGAUUGUAUUUGUUGGCUCUAUGCGUCCGUCAACCAGUGUUUCUGCAGACGGGCCAAUGAACCUUUAUCAGGCGAUCUGCAUUGCAUCUAACGCCAAGUCCAGGCAGCGCGGAGUGCUCGUCUCGCUAAACGAUCAAAUAUCAUCUGGAUACUAUAUCAUCAAGACCAAUGCCAAUACUCUGGACUCGUUCAACGUGCGGCAGGGAUAUCUGGGAAACUUUGUGAAUAACGAAAUCCUCUACUACUAUCCACCUGCCAAGCCGCUAGGCUGCCACAAGUUCAAGCUCCCGCUGCAGCCCGGCCAAACGUCGCUGAACUUACCAAAAGUAGUCAUCAUUUACUCUCACCAAUCCAUCUCCCCAAUACUGGUUGAGCUUGCGGGAAAGCGUUGCAAAGGUGUCGUGAUAGCCACCAUGGGCGCGGGGACGCUGCCGGAGGCAGUUAACAGCGCCUGCAUGCAACUCACAAUCCCCGUCGUGUACUCCAAGCGCUCCAUGGAAGGAAUGGUCCCCGUGGCAAACCUGCCCCUCCCACCCUCCGAUCCCCGCUCCAAGAUUAUAGCCUCGGGCUACCUAAAUCCGGAAAAGAGCAGGAUCCUGCUACAACUGUGCUUGAACCAAGACUACAGUAUCGAUUUGAUUAGGCAGGUAUUUCGCGGCGUCUACGGCGGCUGA